AUGCUGUGCAAGAUGAAGAUGGUGGACGAGGCCCGGGGGUUGUACGAGGAGAUGAAAUCCUUGCAGCAGCAGGAGCUCCUCCCAAGCGUCUCCACUUACAACAUUCUUUGCCGCGAGGGACGGCUGGGCGAUGCCAAGGACUUGUUCCAGGAGAUGAUCGAGAGCGGCCGGAUCCCCGACGUGAACUCUUACGAGAUCUUGGUGGAGGCGCUGUGCAAGGCCGGGAAGAUCUUCCAGGGGCACGAGCUGUUCAAGCAGCUCAUCGUUUCUCCUGGAAGCUUUCACAUAAAUAGAUCGAGCGAGUCCGGGUUCCAAUGCCAAUGCCAAGCUGGGUGGCCAAGCCAUCCCACAACGGCAAGAGCGUCAAAACGACCAGCACUAGCGCCACAGCAUAGACGAUUUGCCUCCAAGUGCCAACACCAGUAA